UCGCCAUUCUCGGUCUUGUUCACGGAUCGGUAGUCUCGUUGGUCUCGUUCUUAGUCAUCGUUCGUUGCCAUCGUCGCUUUUUGCUCUGUCUUUCGUAGUCUAGUGCUACAGUGUACUAAUUAGUACACUGUAGAGGCAUUAUCAUCAACCAAUCAACGUAAGGUUUCUUUCCCCUUGCAUUGUGGGUUUAGAGGAUCAUGAAACACCCCAACAGCACUAAUCACAUGAUCACAAAUGGUGAAGAGUCUGAUUGCGUGAGAGUUGCGAAACGUCCACGAACUGGCGACAUGGACCAGCCUCUUAGUGUUUUGUUAGAGUCUUUUAAGGAGACAAUAUUUUCCCGGCUCGAAACAUUAGAGAGUAGGAUAGAUGCCUUAAAUGAGCAAUGCCAAACUCUGGAAGACAAGAUUGAUAUACUCUCGACAGCAGUGAAAGAAAAUGUGUCGACAGUUCCUUCUAGUAUUGCAAGGUACGUCCAUCUUCCAAGCUCUGCAGGCUCUCCAACGAUUGUCUCUUUGGAUGAAGAACCAGGGACCACUUUUGCAGCAGGAUCGAGUGUAACAUUGAUCACCCUGAACACUGAAGCCGAUUUUCCUCAUGGGUCUUGGCUUGGAGAUGAGAACAACCCCGAGGUGCGGGUGCGUUGCCCCAUCAGUCCGACCACACUCUUCCACAUUAACACGACAUGCACCACUCCUGAGAAGAUGGCACUGACAUUGCUGGACCACCUGUUUGACCGGGAGACACAGGCGUGCUCCAACAUCUCCGGCUCAGGAAAACACAAGAAACAGCGACUGGACCCUCUGAUGAUCUAUGGCAUCAGAUGUCACUUAACUCACUUGUUUGAGGUUACAAAUGCUGACUGGGACCGGAUCAAGCUGAACAUUGACUCGAAGUGCCGUACAGCAUUUAGACGAAAGAAGAAAGGUUUGCCACUAAACACCAAAGUGAUGACCUCAUCAUUGGAGGUAUCCUCCAGCACAGCACAAACAUCUAGUGUUCCGCCGAGUGAUGUCUCGGAUGAUAGCAUUAACAGCAUUGAACUGGUUCCUCAGGCUUCAGAGUUCUGCACAUUUUCACUGCAAACAAUCGAAGAUGGAACCAGCGAAGAUGCUGAGCUGGCAGCGACAGUCCCAGAGGGACAGGUGUUCUGCACUGAACAUGGGGAUUUCCAGGUAGUCCAUGCAACACCUGAGCAAUUAGCCCAAAUCCAGCAGACUCACCAGCUCCAGAUAUUGAGUGGUAGCCACAUUCUGGCCACAUCUGUUGACGGGUCUCCCGAAGAUACUGCCACUGUCACAAUCAUCCCACAAGAAGACUUGAUUAACAACUGAGAAGCCCCCAUCAGAAUAAAAUCUUAGUCUCCUGUGUUC